AUGGUGAAUCGACUAAUUAUGGAUGUGUUAAUGAGAUCAAAAAGUUUAACUUGUGUAAGGGACAAGUUGACCGAAAUUCCGGGUCAUUCACUUUUAUUUAUGGCAUCUGAUUGCAUGAAUCAGUUCAUGUUAGCCAAUUUUGCUGGAAUUAUCGGUAAUUAUUAUCAUAUUAUUUGA